AUGAGUGCCUCUCGUACCCCUCACCUUGUUACCGACAAACGGAUGCUUGGGUACAUCAAGGGCACUAUUGAUUUCAUCCUCACCUUCACUCCUCAAACUGCCGCAGCUCGCCUCCCAGCCUACUCUGAUGCAGACUGGGCUGGAUGCCCUGAUUCUUGUCGGUCGACCACUAGAUAUGUGAUUACUCUUGGAACUAACCUCAUUUCAUGGUGUUCCAAGAAAUAG